AUGGUGUCCUGGCAGAAAACAUUUUCUGAGCUGUCAGACCAGAUGACGGCUGAGGACAAGAAGCAAGAGGUUCUGUUGGGAGCACAAGGCCAGAUGGCUCUUCAAAAGCUCUUUCGCCCCCCCACUCUGCACACCAUGGGAUACGUGAGGGCUGGCCACUUGCCCAAAGAAAUUCGACAGCUCUUGCUCAGUCAUCUGAACAAGCACCGGAGCAGGUCGUUCGUUGAGGCUUUCAACCCACUUCUUGGCAAUCAGCGGAAAGCGAAAGCACUGCCACUGCUGCCCGAAUGGACGAAAAAGGGUGGCUUCAUCGACAACCUGCUGCGUCCGAUUCUGGAAAAAGCCUCAGGCAGAACAAUGGAGCUUGUCAGAGUCGGUGCCAGCCUGCGAAUCUACGAGGAGGGUGCUUCUCUGAUGCAGCAUGUGGACAGUCCGGAAACUCCGAUCACAGUGGCCAUGCCUUUGGAGGCUAACGGAGCAGGAUCCAGCUGGCACUUGCAGAUCGGGGACCCCCAGGGCCGCAAGCAACGGCCAGUACCUCUUCAGCCAGGUCAGCUUCUGAUCUACGAAGGAGCCAGGCUUGCACAUGGAAGGACCGGUCAGCUGCCGCAUGGCGACUUGACGAUGGCAUUUGCGUACUAUCGCCCCAGGGAAAAUUACGAGGCCAAACGCAUUCAGCGAACGCUGGAUCAGCUGCUGGCAUCUCACAAUGCUGCACAAAGAGGCCCGUCGAAGCCGCCACCACCGAAGCCGCAAAAAAAAAUUAAAGAAUUUCGCAAAAUGGACGAGCUGUAG